AUGGCAGAUCCUUUGAAAGAUGUGCUCUACCAGCGAAUGUUCAGCGUAUUCUCAUAUUUCGCCGACGCUACUUCUUCUGAUGGACUGCAUCCGUCACAAGCGUCAUUCAUACUUGAUGAAAUGCUACGCGAAUCAGGGCGACCGUCUACGUCCCAAGGGAGUACAUUCGGUCACGAUUCAGUCACAUUUCGGGUUUCGUACUAUUCCGAUGUUUUGGUGGAAGUAGCAGCGGGUGUAUUCUACAGUAUCGACGUCAACAAUGGCGAUCAGGAUGGUGUACUAUCAGUCCAGGAACUUGCGAUGAGUCCAUCACUAACGCUAUUGUGGACGGAUCAGAUAAAGAGAACUGAUCUUGCCACUGCUCAUAGUGAUAUCCGACUGGCAAUCGAGCGACCAACACGUUCAGCGCUUCAGGACUUAGAUCAUAAACGAUCACUUCGACACGGUCGUCGUUAUGAUCGAGAGGCAAGCGAGCGACAACAGUUAGAGACGGAGAAAAGACGAUUGGAAUUCCAACUGGAGCAAGAGCGAUUGGCGUUGAAAGACGAGGAAAUUGUACGUGGAUUGGCAACCAGAAUGUUGGAAGAAGAAAAGCAAAAAAAUGAGCGAAUGGAACGAGUGCUGCUUGAACUACAAAGCAAACUCGGCCAGCGGCUGGAUACGGUGCUUGAGGCCGGAACAUUAGAAGCGAUACAAGACGAUGAACGACCAGACGAUGAACAAUCAAGCGAAGGGCAUUCAGUGGAGAUCGAAAUCAGCGAGAAUGGUUGUGGCGACGUAGAGUUGCCGAAUGGUAUUAAUGGUGUUGAUGUUGACGACGAAGUGUGGAGAAAGGACGAUUACCUAAUUGUUUCCACUCAGUCCAUAUGA